AUGCCAGCUUCUGAAGAUAGAAGAGGGAAAUGGAAACGGCGGAGGCGAGGUGGGAGGAAACCUAAGCAAGAGGAGGAAGACAUAGAGGAAGAAGAAGACGAGGAAGAGAUGGAGGAGGCUGAUAAUAAUAAUAAUAAUGCAGAUGAGCUUCACCUAAACGGCGCCGUAACACCUGAUCCGGGACCAGGUGAUGGAGAAGUAGUUGGAGAUUGUUGUGAGCGAAUCUCUGGUUUCCCUUCUGUGGUUAGGCGCGUGGUGAUACGCCCUCACGCGUCUGUAACUGCCAUUAUGGCGGCUGAGAGAGGUUGUUUGAGAGGGGAGGUUAAAGGGUUAGGAUUGCUUCCUGCUCUGGAGAAUAUUUCGUAUGGGCAGUUGCAGGCUUUGUCUACUGUUACUGCUGAUUCUUUGUCAUUUGAUGGUGAGAGGAGUGAUGGAGCGGCUUGUGUCAUCUCUCCACCGUCUAUUAUGGAAGGAGAAGGUGUUGUUAAACGGUUUGGGGAUAAGGUUCAUGUUUUGCCUAUGCAUUCAGAUUGGUUUUCCCUAAGCACAGUGGAUCGGCUUGAAAGGCAAGUGGUGCCACAAUACUUCUCUGGAAAAUCGCCAAACCAUACACCAGAAAGUUAUAUGCAUUUCAGGAACGCCAUUGUUUCUAAAUAUGUGGAUAACCCUGAGAAGACACUGACGGUUUCUGAUUGCCAAGGAUUGGUAGAUGGUGUUGACAUUGAAGAUCUUGCACGAGUUUUCCGUUUUCUUGAUCACUGGGGAAUAAUCAAUUACUGUGCUACUUCCCAGUGUCAUCCUGGGCCUUCUAGGGAUGUUAGGGAGGAUGCUAAUGGUGAGGUCCAUGUGCCUUCUGCUGCUUUGACAUCUAUUGAUAGUUUGAUCAAGUUUGACAAACCCAUCUGUAGUAGACACAAGGCGGCAGAUGAAUCCUUGCCAUGUUCGAAUUUUGACCUCUCUGACUUGGACAUCAGAAUUCGUGAACACUUAUGUGAUAACCACUGCAACCAUUGUUCUAAACCGCUUCCAACUGUGUACUUCCAGUCACAAAAGAAGGAGGAUGUACUAUUGUGCUCUGAUUGUUUUCACGAUGCAAGAUUUGUUGUUGGACAUUCUUGUAUUGACUUUCUAAAAGUGGAUACAAGCAAAGAUUACAGGGAUCAAGAUGGAGAGAAUUGGAGUGAUCAAGAAACUCUAUUGCUUCUUGAAGCUGUGGAGCUCUACAAUGAAAAUUGGGUUCAGAUUGCGGACCAUGUUGGUUCCAAAUCAAAAGCUCAGUGUAUUCUUCAUUUUCUUCGGUUACCAGUGGAGGAUGGUCUUUUGGAUAAUGUUGAGCUUCCAGGUGUAACUGAUCCGGCAAACCCUACAAAUGGAUAUGAUCACAGAGAAACAGAUUCAAAUGGGGCUUCUUUACCUGGAUCUUCUGAGCAAGAUUCUGGCACUGAGAUCAAUCUUCCUUUUGUCAAGUCUCCGAAUCCGGUUAUGGCAUUGGUUGCAUUUUUGGCAUCAAGUGUUGGACCUAGAGUUGCUGCGUCCUGUGCCCAUGAGUGCCUAACAGUUCUAUCUGCGGAUGAUAGGUUGAAAUCUAAUGGCUUGGUUGAUGGAGAAAACCAGCAGCUACUAGAUGAAAACUCGGGAGCACAGAAAGCAUCCUGCCAAAACGGAGCAGAAGCACCGGCUCCACUGCCGCAGGAGAAGGUUAUGGCUGCAUUUAGAGCCGGUCUAUCAGCAGCAGCAACAAAAGCCAAAUUGUUUGCUGAUCAUGAAGAACGCGAGAUUCAGAGGCUUUCUGCAAAUAUUGUAAAUCAUCAGUUGAAAAGGAUGGAGCUGAAGCUAAAGCAGUUUGCAGAAAUAGAAACGUUGUUGAUGAAAGAAUGCGAACAAGUAGAGAAAACUCGUCAGAGAUUUGUUGCAGAAAGAGCACGUAUGCUUUCAGCAAGAUUUGGAUCAGCUGGAGGAAUCGUCACUCCACAGGCUAAUAGUAAUAAUAAUAAUCUCCAAGGCAUGUCACUAUCCACAGGUGGUGGUAACAACAUCAAUACUCUACUGCAACAGCAACAAGUUUCAGCAGGCUCUUCUCAACCAAGCAUCAUUCCGGGAUUCAGCAACAACCCACAAGUUCAUGCGCAGAUGCAGUUCUUGGCACGCCAACAACAACAACAACAACAAGCGUUUUCCUUUGGCCCAAGAUUGCCUCUUAAUGCUAUACAGACCAAUGCAGGAUCAACGGCUUCACCAAAUGUCAUGUUUGGCAGUAACCAAUUUAAUAACACUGCAGGUGCAUCAGGAGCAGCAGCAUCUAUCAACCAACCUUCGUUUAGUAACCCGAUGGUUAGGUCUUCCACGGGUUCUGGAUCAGGAUCUGGCUUAGGCUUGAACUAA